CAUUACUGCGGCGUAAGCUACACAAGAGACCAAGAUUUACCCCCAUGGCUGUAACAAUCACCUUUACAGAAUUUGAGGAUAACCUGACACAGGAUAACAUGACACAGGAUAACCUGACAGACUACAACUACACAGAUAACCCAACAGACAAUGACACAUUUUGUGAGCAAACGGGCCAGCAGACCUCUCUGGACGUGUUCCAGGCGGCGCUGUACAUCUUCAUCUUCCUGUUGGGUGUGGUAGGGAAUGGCCUGAUGAUAACGGUCCUCCUGAGACGUCGGCAUCUCCUGCGCAUCACUGAGAUCUACCUACUUCACCUUGCCGUGGCUGACCUCAUGCUCCUUUUUACAUUGCCUUUUGAUGUAGUUGAGAAUGCCAGCGGUUGGCUGUUCGGCAACUUUCUCUGCAAGCUGAUGGGCUUGGUGAAAUCUCUCAGCCUCAUCUGUGGGAGCUUCCUUCUAGCUUGCAUUGGGUGCGAUCGGUAUUUUGCAAUUGUUCAUGCCAUUACUAGUAUGCAAAGUCGACGUCGGAGAACAGUGCACAUAACAUGCACUUUCUUAUGGCUGGUUUGCUUGGCUUUAUCAAUGCCCAAUGUUGUGUUUCUCACUGUGGAAGAGGAUUGGGAAACUACAUUGCUCACCUGUUCUUUUCAUCAUUAUGGUAUCCACGCACACAACUGGGUUUUGACCCGUAGAGUCUUGGAUCACGUGUGCUUUUUCCUACCUCUGGCCAUAAUGAGCUAUUGUUACACAGCAGUGGUAGUUACUUUGUUCAAGAGUCACAAAAGCCAAGACAAGCAAGGAGCCAUUCGACUGGCUUUACUCAUCACUCUCGUCUUUUGUUUUUGUUGGCUACCAUAUAAUAUCACCUUACUGAUAAACACUCUAGCAGACCUGAAGGUCACCAUAUUAAACGGCUGUGACUAUUAUGACCACCUGCAACCAGCCCUUUAUGUGACGAUGAGUCUGGGUUUGUCACACUGUUGUCUGAACCCUUUCUUAUAUGCCUUUGUUGGGGUGCGGUUUCGCAAUGAGCUUAUUCAGUUACUCUGGAAACUGGGCUGCGGCCGUGUUUGUAUGCCUUUCAUCAGAGUUCGGGGUCACAGUCGACCAUCCUUUUCUGAUGGAGGAACAACCACCAGCACCGUUCUCAUGUGAUAAACUCUUCUACAACGUCAGCUGUAACUAAAAUGCUUCUGUUCUUCAUUGUUUUGUUUGUUAUGAUGGAUAAUGUUAUAAUUUUAUCAGAUGUUCUGACAAUAUAGUACCCAUUGCUACUUUGAUUGCAUUUAAAAGAUGUUUUAUUUGCCCACUCAAAAAAAAAAAUGUUGGCUGAAAUCUGUUUUUGUUUGUAUGUUCGGUACUGCUAAUUGAAUUCAAUAAAGAUUUCAUUUAGUAUACAG